AUGGAGGGUCCUCAUCUGACUCAGAGCUGUGAACUAUCUCUGCCCUGCUGUGCAGACGGGGGGUUGCUGUCGAGCGCCAAGGCCCCCCAAGUCAGCGGGGUAAGAGUUCAGCUGGAGAUGCAUGCACUGUGGCAGCAGUUUGAUCAGCUGGGCACAGAGAUGAUUGUUACCAAAGCUGGAAGGAGGAUGUUUCCUACAUUCCAGGUGCAAAUCUCCGGGAUGGAUCCUGCUGCUGAAUAUGUCCUGCUUAUGGACUUUAUCCCCAUUGACAAUAAAAGAUACAGAUAUGCGUUCCACAGCUCAUCUUGGUUGGUGGCAGGGAGAGCAGAUGUCGUAGCCCCAAGCAGGAUGCAUUUUCACCCCGACUCGCCUGCCUGUGGAGCCCAGUGGAUGAAGCAGACUGUUUCCUUCGACACUCUCAAGCUCACCAACAACCUGCUGGAUGACAACGGACAUAUGAUAUUGAACUCCAUGCAUCGCUACCAGCCGCGCUUCCAUGUGGUGUAUGUGGAUCCAGCUCCCAACAGUCACUUAAAUGCAUACAGGAACUUCUGCUCUUUUUCCUUCCCUGAGACACGCUUCAUGGCCGUCACUGCCUAUCAGAACCACCGGAUCACUCAACUAAAAAUUGCUAGCAACCCAUUUGCUAAAGGCUUCAGGACCACAGACCCCCAGGACCGCAUUGCAGGACAGGAGGACCCAGACCCAUUGUUGGUGGAGCAGUGUGGACUAUUCCACCACUGUAAAGACUCUGAGGGACUAACCACAGAGAAGAAAGACGGAGACAGUGUGUUAGCACCUGCUUCCUUCCUCCCUAUUCCUCCCUACUGGGAUUGUCCAGGAUCAUCGCAAGAGAGAAGCAGUCUGUCAUGA